AUGAAAAGGAAGUAUAAUUUUGGAUUUGAUCCUGUCACUAAGGAACACAAAGUGAUCUGCUUGUGGACACAGCACGACGAUGAUUCCAAUGUUUUCUGUGAGGUCUUGACAGUAGGCCAAACUAUUUGGAGAAGAAUCCAUGAGCAGGUCCCAUAUUACGAUUUUAUGGACAGCCAAUCUGUUUAUUCGAGUGGUUGUAUAUAUUGGAGCAAUGUGUAUCUGGAGGAGAAGGAGGAAAUACUGGAUGUAGAUGAGGUCCUGGUGGUGUUUGAUGUUGGGAGAGAAAAAUUCAGUGGUUUCGUUCUUGAUUUAUUAGAAGUAGAUGGACGGGUGGCCAUUUUGCGUGUUAUGAGCAGUUACAUUGUCAAGUUGUGCAUAUUUGAUGAUGACCAUGGUUACAGCAACAAGAACAGCACAAAUACUACAACUAGUAGUAACAAAAACUGGACUGAAGUUACUAUCACAUUACCAUUUUCCUAA